UUGCCAUUUUAUUUCACUGCGCGGAGCACGAUAGCACUUCAAGAACCCAGCCGCCUUUUGUUGACCUGCCACCGGGUGGAGAAUAAUCGAGAUCCGAUCCACGCCCUUACUUGCUGACCGCCCCCCAUAUUUAUUAUCUGUUUAUCAAUAUUUUGCGGAGUCGAGUGUCGAACCUCGUGCCUCAAGGAGCGUUCUAUACCAUUUUCACAUUCAUACCGAACCGAGACAUUUCGCAGUGUGGUGGAACUCAUGUGCUAAACGGGGUCCUUCGUGCUUGAGACAGAGAAUCUCACCAACAUUGAUCGCCGACUCGCAUAAACAUCCCUAUACUGACAAUGCUUCUUCACACCGGCCGAUCAACGAAGGGUCGGCCACGAUUGCUGCUCUUCUUAUUUCUUGCCAUUGUUUUGAUUGCACAAUUAGCCGCUGCCCAAGAUAAUUCAGAUCCAUCGAACGAUGACGAUGGAAAUAACAAUAACAGCGACAACAGCAACGAGAAUGACAACAGCGAGACAUCGUCAAGCGAGACAUCAUCAAGCACAUCAAGCACGUCAACAGAUAGCUUUCCUGUCAUGACCGUCCCUCCAACAGAAGAUGCGCCGUACAUGCAAAAGUCCUCGGCACCAGAAGGGACUGUCUUCAUCGCCGUCGGAGCCGUCCUAGGCGCAAUGGGUCUCUCUGUCCUGGCAUGGCGGGGCAUCGUGGCGUGGUCUGUGAACCGCUCUGUCCGCCGAGCAGCCAUAAUGCACUCAUCCGAGAGCAAAGGUCUGCUUCGCGGCAAGAAGAAGCGCUCGAAACGAUCCCACACUCGCAGCCACAGUCACAGCCACCACAACGCCGUCUCCCUCGAGAAAAUGGGUGGGAACCGUCAGAGCUCCUACAGGGACUCGGUGCGGAACUCCAAGAUUCCAACCUCCGGCAGUGGACUUUUCUUCUCCCCGACGGCAGGAAUGCAGAACAGCGCAAACCGCGGCUCAAGUUACCUCCCAGCUGGUUACUAUUCUGCGGGCAAUACCGCUGCUGGCCUUGCCCAGAAUGCGGGCUUCUCCUCCGAUAGUCUCCCGCCACAAAUUCGUGGAUAUACUCGUACGGGUUCCGGCCCUACCCCGCCAGCUACCCCAGGGGCUCAGCCAGGAAUGCACGACCCACCCAAUUACAGCAAUAGCAAUAUGCGACAAUCCUACGCCGCCGCGGGGUCAACAAGCAGUGUGAACCUCUCUUCCCCGCCACCACCGGGGAGAACACCUAGUGCAUAUCUAGAAGACCUCUUCGAGUCUCAUCAUAACCCUCCCCGUCCUUCUGGGAGACAUAAUUAGCUAUAUUAAACCACAUCUCUUUGUGUGUACGUGGAACGAAAGCCCAUUGUUGAUCCUGCUUUCCCCGCGUUGUGUACCUUGUUUGUCUGGGUUGUUUGGAUGGAGUUCAGUGAGCCUGUUUUUGUAUUUAUUCUGACUUCAUAUCGGCUGUGCUGUCCUAUAUGUCAUCUACUACUAAGUAGCUAGGUACUUACAUGCUUCUCGAAUUGAUCUGAUCUAAUUAAAACUUUUUUAACACCUUGUUUGCCUCGCUAUGUACAAUUGGUUGUCCUUCAGCCAAUUUUAUACAUCAUCAUACCACGUUAAGUACUAGAUGCUACUACAGUUUGAAUUACAAUACAGCCAAUA